CUCCUGCUCACGCAACCGGUACGCGAACGCAUCUUCAGUGUGCCCUCGCUUCCCGCACGUCUACCGGCGUUCCCGUCGUACCGGCGUCCAGCCAGCAUCGCGUCGUCGCGCUUUCUCUCUCUCUCUCUCUUUUUCGUUCUUUCAUCCCGCUUGUCGGCUCGGCUGCGUUUGGCUGCGGCUGCAGCAGCGAAAUCUGACAGCUCACCGCUGCCGUUAGCCACCCGGCGCACCCGUCGUUCCGUGCCCGCACCCGUCCCUCUCCAUAACCCCUCGGAAACCGACGAGCGGUAGCGAGCCGAUCGAAAAACGCACUGUACGGUUUCCGCUUUGACGCGAUGUCGCUCACUCGUGCACUAACCGCCAUCGUCGCCUCCACGAGGAGCAGCAGCUGCAGCAGCAAUCAAGCGCUCUUACUCGGUGUCGCCUCGAAGUGGUCCUGUUCUGCUAUCAAUAAUAGCUGUGGUGGUGUCGCUGCCGUACUCCGUGCCCGACCGACGCAACAAACGCGCAACUUUGCCAGCAAGAUGAGUCUGCCCCGUUGCUUCUUCGACAUGACCGUCGACAACCAGCCGCUCGGCCGGAUCGUCAUUGAGCUCCGCCCCGACGUCGUGCCGAAGACGUCCGAGAACUUCCGCGCGCUCUGCACCGGCGAGAAGGGCUUCGGCUACAAGGGUUCGAUCUUUCACCGCGUGAUCCCGAACUUCAUGUGCCAGGGGGGCGACUUCCAGAACCACAACGGCACCGGCGGCAAAUCGAUCUACGGCAACAAGUUCGAGGACGAGAACUUCAUCCUGAAGCACACCGGCCCGGGCAUCCUGUCGAUGGCGAACGCCGGCCCGAACACGAACGGCUCGCAGUUCUUCAUCACCACCGUGAAGACGUCCUGGCUGAACGAUCGCCACGUGGUGUUCGGCAGCGUGGUCGAGGGCAUGGACGUGGUGCGAAAGAUCGAGUCCUUCGGCUCCCACUCGGGCAAACCGUCGAAGCAGAUCACCGUCGCCAACUGUGGUCAGCUGUAAAAUUCUUAUAACAUACAUAGCAGAGGGGAAGGGGCAGAGCAAGGGAGAAGGUAGGAGGAGAGAUUAGAAGCAGAGGCAGAAGCAGAGGGGCGAGAGAUAGAGCAGCCAGAGGAUAACAUUGCAUAGUUUUUCCUGUUUUUUUUUUGUAUUCAACACAAUUUCUUUUCAACAAAACGCGCGCGUACCCCUCCCCCCCCCCCAUUCCCUUCUAAUCCAUUUUGGGUUUGUUGUGCGCAGGGGGGGGAGGUGGAUGGAAAUUUCCCCACAUUUUUUUUUGUUUGGUUCCGUUUUGGCGUGUUGUGUGACAUUGAGGGGGAAGGUUAUGGGAGGUGAAUAGCAGUCUUUGCGUUCUCCCAUACCCACCCCCUUGGCGCUUGUGUACCAUCAUGUGCGCGCACUGAAUUUAGCUUCGAAAUAUUCCUUGCAGUUUGUGCUAGCCGGUCAAUGAUUCCUUUUCGUUUUUGGAAGUGCAACAACAGGCAAGAAAGCAACAAAAAAUACACAUUACUAAACGCCCAUUACGACGUACAUUCACAACAACGCUCUCACGCACACACGCUCACACACACACACACACACACACACACAUAUGUUCACACACACACACACAUGUUCACACACACACACACACACACACACACACACACACACACACACAUGUUCACACCCAACACACUCGAGCGACCAAGCAAGGAAGAGAAAGGCGCCUUGGCAACAGAAACAGAAAAGGGUUACGGAAUUAUUGCUAAUUUAAAUGGGAAGAUGCAUCUCUCCGUUGUGGGAGAGCGCUUACCCGUGCGGAUCUCUUUCCGGUCGAGGUUGGUUGAAAACCGGGGCAGAAGGGAAGGAGAGGAGGAGUGGGAUGUACAUUUCACCUUUCCCUCCGCAGAUGAUCGCAUAUCGUCAUCCUCGAACCUCGUGUUACGUAACCCCAUGCAUUUUAGCGAGCGUGUGUGUGGCGUGCGUCUGUGGGAGUGUCGCGCUAAAAAAAAACCUAUUACUACUACUACUACUACUACUACUACCUUCACUACAUUUCUUUAACAAGGACAAAAAUAAAGAGUAAUAAUGGUAAACAAGAAUUGUUAAUUUACGAA